AUGAAGGAUUCCAAGUUCAAAGGAAUAAUUCCAGGUAAUGACAUGUUUGUGUCUACUUCUUUGUUUUCCAAUUGUAUGUUUUAGUUAAAGCUCAAUAAAAAGAUAUAUAUAAUCCGUUCGUCUCUUAAACUUUAUAAAGUUUAUAAAAUAAGUAGCAAAAACUUCCCAAGGGAAUUCUUUAUGAAUGUGGAUUUUAGUUAACAAUUAAAAGCAGUCUUAUUUCUUAACAAUAAAAUAGACGCUCUCUGACCAAAAAUAUAUAUUUAUUACAAGCUUUCGGCUACCAAUCUGUAGGCUUCAACGGGUGUGAGUGUAUGAAAUAUGAAACUAUAGUCUAUUAUUGUAUAUACAGAAAGAUUAGCAUAAUUGCGUAUGAAAUAUGAGUGUGUAUUGUCAACUAUGACUGCUUUUUAAAAAGAACAGUAUAUUGUCCGGGAAGUGGACAUGAAUUGUUGUCAGCAUCAGUUGUUAAGGCUGUAUGCCAUGACUCUAGAGUUUCCCGUGUCCUUAUAUUCCAUUUUAAAAGCAGUCGUAGUUGACAAUACACACUCAUAUUUCAUACGCAAUUAUGCUAAUCUUUCUGUAUAUACAAUAAUAGACUAUAGUUUCAUAUUUCAUACACUCAUACCCGCUGAAGGCUACAGAUUGGUAGCCGAAAGCUUGUAAUAAAUAUAUAUUUUUGGUCAAAGAGCGUCUAUUUUAUUAUUAUGUUUCAUCCUGGCUGCGCAUCUGCCUCUAUUUUUUCAGUCUUAUUUCUGUUACUUUGGGAGCAGAGGGGAUGAAGAUAUACUGUAUAGUGCUAAUUAGCCCCGGUAAUCCAGUUUCCUUCUGACGUAACACUGGGUCAAAACGAAACAGCUCUUACUGGAUCUCUUGGAAGAAGAGUUCAGACAGAACCGAUUGAGCUAUCCAGUAUAAAUGAAGUUAGUUUAGGUUUCCUCCUGUAGUAACGCGGCAAUUGCUAGAUAGUAUACUUCAAAAUAAGGUUUCCGUUUUUAUAUCAAUUUUUAAAAUAAGUUAGGGCUAAGUUAGGUUAGGGUUAGGUUAGGGUUGGGGUUAGGGUUAAGGUUAGUAUUAGGGUUAGGGUUUAGUUUAGCGUUAGGAUGGUUUUUUCUACGUUAUAAAAACGAAAACCUUAUUUUGAAGUAUACUUUCUAGCAAUCACCGUAGUAACACUGGAUCAAUAAGAGAUGACCCUUACUGGACCUCUAGGGAGAACAGUUUAGAACUGAUAGAGCUAUCCAGUAUAAAUAAAAUUAGUUUAGUUUAAGUUUCCUCAUGUAGUAACACUGGAUCAAUAAGAGAUGAUCCUUACUGGACCUCUAGGAAGAAUAGUUUAGAACUGAUAGAAUUAUCCAGUAUAAAUAAAGUUAGUUUAGUUUAGGUUUCCUCCUGUAGUAACACUGGAUCAAUAAGAAAUGAUCCUUACUGGACAUCUAGGGAGAACAGUUUAGAACUGAUAGAGUUAUCCAGUAUAAAUAAAGUUAGUUACGAUAUAUACACGAAUGUUAAUUUACGAUAUAUACACGAAUCUUCUUUCCUCGGCGGACAAAAUCCCAACAGAGCCCAGCGAUGAACAUAAGGCAGGUUCCUUCCUGUAGUAACAUUGGAUCAAUAAGAGAUGAUCCGGCCUUAUAUACUGGACCUCUGAGAAGAACAGUUUGGAACCGAUCGAGCUAUCCAGUAGAAAUAAAGUUAAGUCUAUUUUAUAGGUUUCCUCCUGUAGUGAGACUGGAUCGAUAAGAAGUGAUCUUUACUGGAUCUCUAGGAAGAACAGUUUAAAACUGAUAGAGCUAUUUAGUACAAAUAAAGUUUAGUUUAAGUCUCCUCCUUCAUAGACUGGACCUCGAUUUAAUAAGCCGUAGUCCUUAUGCUGGACCUCUGGGAAGAACUACUGUUAGAUUAGACUGAAUAGCUCGAUCAGAUCUAAACUGUCCAUCCGUUACGUAGAGGCCCAGAAAGGAUACCCCUUGUCGGUCCAGUGACAGUGUUACUACAAAAGCCGAAGAAUAAAGUCGAAAAAAUAUCCUGGUAUUGGUAGUCUAGAGUCAAAUUAGAAACACUCUUCUCGCAAGCGACUGAGGUGAAAUUAUAAUCAGACAACUGGAUAUUGCGGGAGUCUUAGUCUGGUCACAGAGGUAAAAGAUCUAAAUGUGCACUAACACUUGGUAUCCUUAUUUUACAGGUCAUAUUCGAGGAGCUGAUUGAAAUAUGUUGUAAAACCUGUUGGAAAUUGAAUCUUACAGGCCAGGUCUCUCGACAAUCGAUUACAACGGGAAAAAUUCCUUCGUACAUCGACAUCGUCCUACCGUACAGCUCAAGUGGCGAAGAAACAAAAGUCAAAGACAUGAAUUUUGUGACGUUUGUGGAAAACCCUUCAGUGGUUUACAUCACAAAGAAGGAAAGUGCAAGCGCUAUCCCGAGGAAAUUGAUUGGAGCGAUAUGGAAUGCGUGGCCUGUGCUGAUUAUGGCCUUGUUGUUGUCCGUGGUCUCAGGAGUUUUGCUUUGGUUUUUGGUAAGCAAAGUAUAUAGACGAGCUAGUUUUCCUUGACAUGUUUUAUUUGCUCGUGCAUGUCUACGGCAAAAAACUGACACUGAAUUUUUCCUAGCCAAGCAGCCUUGUUCCGAAGCUAUAGUCAUGCCAGUUUUUCGACAAGGAAAAUUUGUUCGUGUGUACGGCCACCAAUGAAAAGUUGACAAGUGUACAACAAAUGCUUACGAAAACUAAAGGUGGCCUUGACGUAAGAGAAAUGUUUGAGAGGCAAUUUUUUUCCAUGUCGCUAUUUGCGAAGAAAAGUAUUCAAAACCCAAAAUCUUUUUAGCAUACCUCUCAAAACUGCUUUGUUUUAUCUGUGUUCACUAGUUUAUACAGACAGUUAGCUACCUUUUUAAAUGCAUCUGCCGGUUGAGAAACAUAAAAAUGAUAGUAAAAGUUUUUUUCAAUUAAAAUACAAUUAUCAAUGAUGCUUUCAAAGUGCAUGAGCAAAACGUAGUGAACUCCAGACAUAAUUUUCUCUUUGGCGUACCAUCUAAAAUCAUUUGAGCAUUACUUUAUAGAUAAAACACUAAACAUACUUUUUAAGUUUAUUUGACGAUUGAGAAACAUAUACCUGCCAUUUAUGUUCGUAAUUUAUGUCUUGACUGUUAAUGUCUUGUAAUUCUUGUGGUAUAUGGAUGGCGAAGCUAAUAAAUUCAAAUUCAGCAUACAAAAAAUAUCUUAACUAACAUUCCGGGCACACACAAACAACAAAACUUGUCAAGAAAAAAGGUGCUCGUCUAUAUAUGCACGGGACUUAAGUAUAGUCAUAUAUAGAUAUAUCAUCUAUCAUUUUAUCUGUAUAUCUAUUCGUCUAUCUAUAUUUGUGUUUCGCUUUGUUCCAAGUCUUUCUGAGGAUAAAAGAUUAAAGCGCUAUUAAAACUAUGAUGAGAAUUGCAACUCUCUGGCUCGCGGUUCACUAUACCCCUUAUCGACUGUCAUGCAUCUUCGAGCUAGUUCAAAUUUUGACAAGAGUUUUUGCUCGUUCAACCUGUAACAUUCAUUCAAUUCUCAUUUCUUCAUCAUUCAAUUCUCACGAUUUCUUCAUAAGUAACUUCAAAACCUUAAUCGACAACUAUUUCACCAAUUUGGAGAGGAAUAGUGUGUGACAACCACUUGUGGGGCGGAUUUUGAUUCGAAGGAGUAAUUUUUGGGUCUGGGAGGGUUAACAUAACAUACUAUUUCUAGUUAUAUAUGUGAUUCAAUCUAAGUUAUAUAUAGUGUUCAUUGGGCUUUCUUUUUAUAUAUUUAUAUAGUAUGUAAUAAAUUUUUCAUAUUUGUAAAUAUUUUAACGGCCCCUUGAAAAGCAGUUUAAACUGAAGAGCUACGUUUUUGAAUAAGAUGAAUAAUAAUAAAAAUCAACUGUUAUACAACUUUUGUUCUCGUUUGACCGGGGCAUAGGAGUUGAGAAAACUCUCACAACGACAUAAUGAACAAUCGCGUCUUUCAUGGUAAUUGAUUAUUGUUUGCUCUCUGCUGGAAAGGAGACGGGAAGGCAUCGAUGAUUACUGAUCAUUAACUAAUGAUAAACGAGUAAUUACUGACUUCAUGUUGAUCACUUGCAGUGUCCAUAGUAACUCGAAAAUAAACAUUGGCUUGAUCGACCAAAGUUAUUGCCAUCGGUAAACCAAUGAUACAUUUUUACCAUUUCCAGGAAUUCUGGAACAACCCUGAAGAAUUUCCUCGCUCGUUUUUCAAAGGAGCGUGGGAAGGAUUUUGGUGGGCGUUUGUAUCCAUGACAACAGUAGGGUAAGUGUCUUCUAAACACUGGACCAAUAUGGGGGCGGCUCUUACUGGACCUCUAGAGAGAACAAUUUUGAACUGAUAGAAUUAUCCUGAGGCCCUUGUAAGGUUAAUAUGGUAAACUGUCUGUCUCAGUUUGGGCUAACUACGUACUCUGGUUUCCUCCCGUAGUGGAUUAAAAGGAAAGCUUUUACUCUACUUAUAACAAUUUAGAACUGAUAGAGCUAUUCAGUAUAAAUAAAGUUAGUUUAGUUUAGGUUUCCUCCUGUAGUAACACUGGAUCAAUAAGAGAUGAUCCUUACUGGACGUCUAGGGAGAACAGUUUAGAACUGAUAGAGCUAUUCAGUAUAAAUAAAGUUAGUUUAGUUUAGGUUUCCUCCUGUAGUAACACUGGAUCAAUGAGAGAUGUUCCUUACUGGACCUCUAGGGAGAACAGUUUAGAACUGAUAGAGCUAUUCAGUAUAAAUAAAGUUAGUUUAGUUUAGGUUUCCUCCUGUACUAACACUGGAUCAAUAAGAGAUGAUCCUUACUGGACCUCUAGGGAGAACAAUUUAGAACUAAUAGAGCUAUCCAGUAUAAAUAAAGUUAGUUUAGUUUAGGUUUCCUCCUGUACUAACACUGAAUCAAUAAGAGAUGAUCCUUACUGGACCUCUAAGAAGAACAGUUUAGAACUGAUAGAGCUAUCCAGUAUAAAUAAAGUUAGUUUAAGCUUCCUCCUCUAGUACUGAACUUCUAGGAAGACAGUUUUGAACUGAUAGAGCUAUCAUGAGGCCCUUGUAAGUUCUAGCUUUGGUCGGAACUACGUGAAAGAGACAAAAUAUCUACGUUUUAAGCGAUGGCAUCUCAUGUGGAAAUUAGUGGCCAAUGUGUUAGCGGUUCAUUGGUGAAUACUGACUUUUUUGUUUAUCACUUUCACGUGAAGAUAUCUUGUUGUGUUUGGUUCAAUCGCAGUGGGAGUUACAAUUAGACGCGCAAAAGUCAGUAGAAAAAGCGCAAAAGUCAGUCCGAAAGACAUUGUAAACUUUCACUGUACAGUUAUCAGGCCCAUUUUGGAAUAUUGUGCCCCGGUUUUCCAUUACUCAAUCCCAUCCUUCCUGUCAGAAGAUCUUGAGACGGUACAAAAGCGAGCACUGAAGAUCAUUUUACCCGCGAGCUCAUAUAGCGAAACUUUAGAAUAUUUCAAUCUUCAAACUUUGUUCCAAAGACGCGAUGAAAUGUGUAACAAACUUUUUACAAAUAUUACUAUCAAUCCGACACACAAACUGCAUAAUUUACUGCCUCCCAAACAUGAGUCGGUUUACCAACUUAGGAACAAUAGACUGUUUGAACGAUUCGAAUAUAUCUAUCUAUCUAUCUAUCUAUCUAUCUAUCUAUCUAUCUAUCUAUCUAUCUAUCUAUCUAUCUAUCUAUCUAUCUAUCUAUCUAUCUAUCUAUCUAUCUAUCUAUCUAUCUAUCUAUUGGUACAUGUAGUAACUACCACCAACUAUAACCUUUAACUAACCCAACCUUGUUUAAUUUCAGUUAUGGUGACCGUGCUCCCAGGUCGAUCUUGGGUCGAACUUUUGCAACCUUUUGGAUUAUAAUCGGUAUCUGCAUAUGUUCAAUCUUCACCGCCACCUUAACUACAUCCCUGACUACCAUCACUUUGAAGGAACAGAAGACGCUCGCUCGUGCCAAGGUCGGUAUGAUGGAGAUGGUUUAAUAUACCGGAUAUUUCUAUCAGUUCUGAACUGUUUUUUCUAGGGGUCCAGUAAAAGUCAUGUUUUGUUGAUCCAGUGUUACUACAGGAGGAAACCUAAACUAAACUAACUUUAUUUAUACUGAAUAGCUUUAUCAGUUCUAAACUGUUCUUCCUAGAGGUCCUGUAAGGCUCAUCUCUUAUUGAUCCAUUGUUACUACAGGAGGAAACCUAACCUAAACUAACUUUAUUUAUUUAUACUGAAUAGCUCUAUCAGUUUUAAACUGUUCUUCCAGAGGUCCAGUAAGGAUCAUCUCUUAUUGAUCCAGUGUUACUACAGGAGGAAACCUAAACUAAACUAACUUUAUUUAUACUGAUAGCUCUAUCAGUUUUAAACUGUCCUUUCUACAGGUCCAGUAAGGAUUAUCUCUUAUUGAUCCAGUGUUACUACAGGAGGAAACCUAAACUAAACUAACUUUAUUUAUACUGAAUAGCUCUAUCAGUUUUAAACUGUUCUUCCUAGAGGUCCAGUAAGGAUCAUCUCUUAUAUUGAUCCAGUGUUACUACAGGAGGGAAUCUAAACUAAACUAACUUUAUUUAUACUGAAUAGCUCUAUCGGUUUUAAACAGUUCUUCAUAGAGGUACAGUCAGGGUCAUCCCUCAUUGGUCCAUUGUUACUGCAGGAGGAAACCUAAACUAAACUAACUAUAUUUAUACUGAAUAGCUUUAUCAGUUCUAAACUGUUCUUCCUAGAGGUCCUGUAAGAAUCAUCUCUUGUUGGUCCAGUGUUACUGCAGGAGGAAACCUAAACUAAACUAACUUUAUUUAUACUGAAUAGCUCUAUCAGUUUUAAACUGUUCUUCCUAGAGGUCCAGUAAGGAUCAUCUCUUAUAUUGAUCCAGUGUUACUACAGGAGGGAAUCUAAACUAAACUAACUUUAUUUAUACUGAAUAGCUCUAUCGGUUUUAAACAGUUCUUCAUAGAGGUACAGUCAGGGUCAUCCCUCAUUGGUCCAUUGUUACUGCAGGAGGAAACCUAAACUAAACUAACUAUAUUUAUACUGAAUAGCUUUAUCAGUUCUAAACUGUUCUUCCUAGAGGUCCUGUAAGAAUCAUCUCUUGUUGGUCCAGUGUUACUGCAGGAGGAAACCUAAACUAAACUAACUUUAUUUAUACUGAAUAGCUCUAUCAGUUUUAAACUGUUCUUCCUGGAGGUCCAGUAAGGAUCAUCUCUUAUAUUGAUCCAGUGUUACUACAGGAGGCAAUCUAAACUAAACUAACUUUAUUUAUACUGAAUAGCUCUAUCGGUUUUAAACAGUUCUUCAUAGAGGUACAGUCAGGGUCAUCCCUCAUUGGUCCAUUGUUAUGGCAGGAGGAAACCUAAACUAAACUAACUAUAUUUAUACUGAAUAGCUUUAUUAGUUCUAAACUGUUCUUCCUAGAGGUCCUGUAAGGAUCAUCUCUUGUUGGUCCAGUGUUACUGCAGGAGGAAACCUAAACUAAACUAACUGUGUUUAUACUGAAUAGCUCUAUCGGUUCUAAACUGUUUUCCCUAGAGGUCCAGCCAUGGCCAUCGCUUAAGCUGAUCUCGUAGUCUUACUAUGUGAGGGAUCGAACCACAGUCACAGAUGUGAAAAAGAUGAAAGGAACAUCUACUAAUCGCUGUGUUUAACACAUUUGUAGGUUGGUGCGAUACGUAAUUCAAUGGAAGCCAAUGCGGGCGUCAGCAGUAAAGCAAAACUUAUAUGUAAGUAAUAGACUAAGCCGGAUUGGUAUUGGGAAAAGUUAGAUAUGAAACUCAGCCAGACGUUCUUCGUUCUCUUUCCAGAUUAUAAUUCCAUCAAAGAAUUAUGGGAGGCUUUAGAUAACGAUGCUGUUGAAGGUAAUAUACAUUUUAUUUUUUCCAUUCCACGCCAAGCGUACCGUAUUUAUAUUCGUUUAAGCGCCAGUCGGAUACGACGCUUAUUAAUUCUUUAAUUAAAAAACUAUUUUAUUUACAUCUGCCUUCACAAAGGAACUGCUCAUUCCCAAAGUUCUGGAGAGAGAAUAGAUGAUUCCACCUGUCGACUAAUUUUUGAUCUAGACAAGAAAGACGAAAUAUAUCAUCAUAGCUCAAAAGAGCAUCGUAAAAUUAGUAAAAUUGCAAAGUUGGGUUGCGAAAUGUUGUAAAAUACGGAAAAUAUACCCCUGUUAAAUUAGCAAAUUUGAGCCGAAAGUGGUGCAUUUUUCCGCGCGUGAUACUAAAAUACUCAAAAUUUACUAAUUUCACAGGGCUAUAUUUUGUGUAUUUUACAACAUUUUGCAACCAAACUUUGCAAUUUUACUCAUUUUAGGACCUUCUUGUCUGGAAAAAAUUAGUCGAUAGCUUGGAUCAUCUAUUGAAUGAGAGAGUAUUAAAAUACACCAACUUUGAACUUAAAUACACUGUAACAUAGGAGCUAGAAUAAUGAGCCCGGCUAACUGGUUGCAAGGUUGUUCCAGCAAGUCCGAUACAGUCAUGAAAUGACAAUAUUUUUACAACCUUGGGUCGUCAACUUUGGAACAUUCUUCUUAUAUCAUGACUGUAUCAAACCUGUUAUAACAACUUUGUAACAAGUUUGAUAAUGCCAUCAAUCUUGUUACAAGUUGUUAACAGCUUGCUGCAAACUUGUUACAACAACUGGGAAUAAGCAGUGCGAACACAACUUGUUGACAGCUUGUGAACAGAUUUGUAACAACUUGUUUGCAGACCUGUAACUAGAAACUUGUGCGUUUUUACGUGUGUAGAAUUUGGAAGCACUCUUCUGACAUACGAUUGAGGCGAAAUUAUAACCGGAUGAUUGCAUCCUGCAGGAAUCGUACCAUUGUCAUGGUGAUGAAAGACACAUGUAUACUAGCCAUGGGUUAGGGUUAGGCCCAGGGCACUGUGACACCAGCACCUCACGGAAGUAUAAUACCGAGCCAUUCCCUAGCCAGACUUUUUUUCUACAUUUAGGUAUUCUCUUGGACUCGUAUUUCUCAGCGACAGCCAAGAUGCUAGAUUAUAUUGAAGAUAAUGAUUUCAGAAUUUCUCAAACGAUUGAGGUCGAUGAGAGAUCGUAUGGUAUCUUGGUUCGAGAUGAGAACUUGGCAAGAUGUCUGAAAGAAGAACAUUUGGAACAGGUGGAUGAAAAUGCAUAUGAUAUAAACGAAAUUAUAACAGAUGAAAUUGAAAGUGAGGUACUGGAAAUUAUUGUAUGUAUAGUGGAAACACAGACUGACUUGUAAGCUUGUAACUGGGGUGAAGGCUAUUUCAGAUACGGUAGAGCACCUAGUCCCCAGGCCUUUACCGGCGCGACCGCGAAAUUCAAUAUGGCGCCAAGCUAAGGAGUGGAGUUUAAAUGGAGUUUAUAUUCUAUAUUUUCUAUUGUUGUUUUUUGGUCUUUUUAUUCUUUUUGGUUGGUAGAACUUAUAUUCUGAAAUGCCAGGUAUCUUAUUCUUUAUCUGAUUAAUCUGAAAAAAGAUUUUAUGACAGAAUUUUUCUCAAACAUAGUUAAAGUUAUAAUGUAUUAACUAUUAAAGUCUUAUCUGUACGGAUAUACUGAGUGAGUGAUGGUUGUGACUGGGUUGUUCAUUUAACAAUGAAAUCAAUUUAGACUAUUUUACUCAAACUGGCAAGCUACGGUUAAAUAAUUACUUGGCUUGAUGAAGAUGAUAUUAUUUAAGCAGGAUAAUACAUGCCAAUGUGGUCACAGCUAGUGCAUUAAUUGACAGCAUUCUAAUAGACUGAGUAUUAGCAGUUUUAAAAAGUUAAACUGCCAGACGUAUGAUAUUUUAUCAUAUAAUUGAUAUAAAUUAUAAAAAAUAAAGUGCUAUAACUGAAUAGUGGAACAAUAUUGCUUGCAUUUUCACCACCACACUCACAAUUACCUUAUGAAUGUGAGCAUGCCAUGUUGCAGUGAAAAAAUAUUAUGAUUCUGGCAAACAUACCAAUUAACAUGGGCAAAUUUGUUUAAACAAUGUACACUGCAACAAAUCAUGAUACAGACAAGCACAUCCUGUAUAUGAGGCUUGCUAAGAUGUGUAACAAACAUUAUUCAACAUCACACAAUUUAGUUACUGUCACAAAAAUACACAUAAUAGAGUAAAACCUUAUAUGAAUAUCAUAUCUGUAAAGAAUUCAGAUAUUCAAGUACUUCAACAAGACAUAAAAGAACACAUAGUGGAGGCAAACUUUAUGAUCAAUCUCAUGUUUGUCAUUAACAGUAGGGUGUAAUGGACUAAGGGGUGGACCAUUAGAAAAGUGAUGGGGGGGGGGGAGGGAAGCAAAAAUAAAAAUUGAACAGAAAAAAAAACUUGUGCACCAAAAGUUUGAAAAAAAAAUUCGUGCACAGACUUUUCAAUAGGGAAAAUUAUAAGUUGAGUUGUUGUUAUAAGUUUACUAUCAGGGGGAGGGGCAGAGGAGGCAAUUUGCCCCGAGCCACCAGUGUAAGGGUGGCCCCCAAAUUUGAAAAAUAAAAAAAAUAAUUUGGAACGCUUUUUAUAUAAGUAAUGGUGUGAGAAAAAAUUUCCUAAACCUAAAUCUUGCAGAUAUUGGUGCAAAAAAAAGGGUUUUAAGCGUGUUUUAACAAGAAUUUGUCAGGGAAAAUUUCUUUUGAACCUAAUUAACUUAAUUGAUGUUAGUUAGUUUUUUCAAAAAAAAUUUUGAAAAAAUAAUUGUACAGGUUGGAAAUGUCCUACACCCCCCACCCCCAUCACUUUUCUAAUGGUCUGUCCCUAAGCCAUCCCCUUUAAUGUGUUUCUUUAGUUGGGAGAGGAGUUCUGAGGCCCUUCAUAAUUUUUGAAGAUUACAUUACAUAAUACAAUAUUAAUUUUACUCAUUGCAAACAGUAAGCUACAAAUGAGCCUUGUAUUCCAUAGACCAUGGAAUGCAAAGUAUUUAACUAUUUCUGGGUAAAGUUCAGUGAUUUAGAGUAUUUAUAUAGAUAUUGUUUUUAAGAAGUUAAAACUGAUCACAUCAUCAAUCUAUUUUUUGGGUCAAGGAUAUACCCUGCAAAAAUAGGACUUUCCAUUUAUUUCACAACUUGAAAUUCACACUCUAUUAGAUACUAGGGGCAUAUGGGGUACUCAUUUCCCAGAGCCUUAAUUAUGGAUAGGAUGAAGUCUAGUGCACCCCGUCAAGGGCCCCCUUGCCGUACUGUUCAGAGUGUAGGCAGGGAGUCGGCUUUUAAGCUAAAAAAUUUUUUAAAAAUAUUAAUUAAUUAAAUAAAUAAUUAAAUAUUAAUUAAUAAUUAUUAAUUAUUAUUUACUAUUAAUUUGUUUAUAAUUAUUAUUAUUAAUUAAUUAAUUAUUAAUUUAAUUUAUUAAUUAAAUUAAUUAUUUAAAUUAAAAUUUCCAAACACUGCAUAAAGGUUAGCCCAGGGACCUUCCAUGACAAGGCACACCCCCUGGGCCCCUGGCUCUUGCCGGGCACAGCCCUCAAGAGUUGUGCCACUGAGGAGUGAACCUCUGACCAUAUUCCAGCCAGCUU